AUGGCGUCUAGCGCUUUCGAAACGUACUGGAAGGUUCUGACCGACAACUUCACAGACUUCCAGCUGGCGACCAUCGGAAGCUUCCUGAUCCACGAGUGCGUCUUUUUCAUGUCCGGACUUCCUUAUCUCAUCCUCGAGAAUUUAAAUGUUCGAAAAUACAAACUCCAGAAAAAGUCGAAUCCGGCAUCAUCACAGAUCAAAUGCGUGUUGAAGCUUCUGAUGUACCACUGCCUGGUCAACCUACCGCUGAUCAUGGCGUCCUACCCAGUCUUUAAGUACAUGGGCUUCAGAAGCACGCUUCCUCUCCCGCACUGGAGUACCAUUGUUACCCAGAUCGUUAGCUAUUUCUUUAUCGAGGAUUUCGUGUUUUACUGGGGUCACCGUGCGCUGCACUCGAAAUGGCUGUACCAGAACGUCCAUUGCGUCCACCAUGAAUACGCGACGCCGUUCGGGUUGACAUCGGAGUACGCGCAUCCCGCGGAAAUCCUCUUCCUAGGGUUCGCCACCAUUCUCGGCCCCGCCCUCACGGGCCCACAUCUGCUCACCCUUUGGCUCUGGAUGAGCCUUCGAGUCCUCGAAACCGUUGAAGCACACAGCGGGUUCGAGUUUCCCUGGAGUCCGUCCCGCUUCAUUCCCCUCUACGGCGGGGCGGAGUACCACGAUUAUCAUCACCGCUGCGUGUACACAGACUCGGGCAACUAUUCGUCCACGUUCAUCUACAUGGACUGGAUCUUUGGGACUGACAAGAACUACAGGAGAAUGAAGGCUUUGAAGGCAGGCACUGCCAAGGACGAGGCUCCUACUACCAAUGCUGGCGGCUCGCCGGCUGAUGCGGCGAUGACUGGGCCGCUGCCGUCGCCAGCCAAUCGCACGCGGUUCAAGACGCCGGAAGGGCGAUACUUGCUGUCGCACGAGAAGGUUCAUCCUGCCGGCCUUAUCCAAUACACCCAUCAGCGCAAUCCCACCAAGAUCACGUUAGCGCAUCUCGAGGACCGCCCUCCGCCCCUCCCCCCUCCGUCGCCGUCACCCGUUGCCACGUCAGCAGGUUCCAGAUUCGCCAAGAACUUCUUAGGGGCGGGGAGCGGCACGCGAGGACUGCCCUUCGGCGGCGGAAAUGGCCGUCAAUCAGACUUCCUCGUUAACAGCAUCUCCUGCACGCCCUCCCCUUCCCCCUCGUACUCCCCCUGCCUCCGCUCCUCCCGCACCCCCCUCCUUUCCCCCUUCCACCUUCCCCCCCAAACCCCCCAUUCCCCGCCCCACACUUCCCUGUAUCUCCGCCUACUCCGCCUUCCCACCAUUCUCCCCCCGAUUGCAGCAACGGCGCCAGCAGCCAGUGGCUCAUCGGCGGGCGCGGGGACUGCAGGGGGGAGCAACGGGGCGGUGGGGGGAGCAGGCGGAGGGGGAGGGGCGGGGGAGAAGGAGAAGGCGGGGGGCGAGGGCGAGGGGUCGUACGUGAUCUUUAACGUUGGCGAGUCACUCUUUGUUGCGGACGCCAACAGCACAGACAAGGAGCCCUUAAAAGCGCUGCAGUUCAUGGGGGCGAGCGGGCUGUGCCACGCGUUUGACGGAGCAGUGGCGAGCAGGGACGCUCAGGGCACGGCGGGCAGAGACGCACACGACCUGCUCAUCGCCACCACUGCUGGCGACAUCUACACGGCGUCCCCAAGGGCGCAGCUAGCAGACGGCAGCAAGAAGCUGAUGGGAGCGACACGCGGCGGCAGCAGCAGCCGAUGCACGGCGGUGGCGUGGGUGCCGGGGGGCCAUGGGCUGUUUGUGACGGCGCAUGCGGAUGGGAACGUUUAUGUCUUUGACAAGCACCGGGACGGCACCACGGAGCCGGGCUUUCCCCCCAUCAAGGACGUGCAUGCCUUCUCCACCGCUCAUGCUCGCUCCAACAAGGCAUCCCACCGUUCAUGCGCGCUCCAACAAGGUGCGGCACCCGAUGCCCAGUGGCACCUGCUUGCACUGGUGGCAAACACAUCAGCAUCAGCAUCAGCAACAGCAUCAGCAUCAGCAACAGCAUCAGCAUCAGCAUCAGCAUCAGCAACAGCAUCAGCAACAGCAUCAGCAUCAGCAUCAGCAUCAGCAUCAGCAUCAGCAUCAGCAUCAGCAUCAGCAUCAGCAUCAGCAUCAGCAACAGCAUCAGCAUCAGCAACAGCAACAGCAUCAGCAUCAGCAACAGCAACAGCAUCAGCAUCAGCAUCAGCAUCAGCAUCAGCAUCAGCAUCAGCAUCAGCAACAGCAUCAGCAACAGCAUCAGCAUCAGCAUCAGCAACAGCAUCAGCAUCAGCAUCAGCAUCAGCAACAGCAUCAGCAACAGCAUCAGCAUCAGCAUCAGCAUCAGCAUCAGCAUCAGCAUCAGCAACAGCAUCAGCAUCAGCAACAGCAACAGCAUCAGCAUCAGCAACAGCAACAGCAUCAGCAUCAGCAUCAGCAUCAGCAUCAGCAUCAGCAUCAGCAUCAGCAUCAGCAACAGCAUCAGCAACAGCAUCAGCAUCAGCAUCAGCAUCAGCAUCAGCAUCAGCAUCAGCAUCAGCAACAGCAACAGCAUCAGCAUCAGCAUCAGCAUCAGCAUCAGCAACAGCAUCAGCAUCAGCAUCAGCAUCAGCAUCAGCAUCAGCAUCAGCAUCAGCAACAGCAUCAGCAUCAGCAUCAGCAUCAGCAUCAGCAACAGCAACAGCAUCAGCAUCAGCAUCAGCAUCAGCAUCAGCAACAGCAACAGCAUCAGCAUCAGCAUCAGCAUCAGCAUCAGCAACAGCAUCAGCAUCAGCAUCAGCAUCAGCAUCAGCAUCAGCAUCAGCAUCAGCAACAGCAUCAGCAUCAGCAUCAGCAUCAGCAUCAGCAUCAGCAUCAGCAUCAGCAUCAGCAUCAGCAACAGCAUCAGCAUCAGCAUCAGCAUCAGCAUCAGCAACAGCAACAGCAUCAGCAUCAGCAUCAGCAUCAGCAUCAGCAUCAGCAACAGCAUCAGCAUCAGCAUCUGCAUCAGCAUCAGCAUCAGCAUCAGUAUCAGCAUCAGCAACAGCAUCAGCAACAGCAUCAGCAUCAGCAUCAGCAUCAGCAUCAGCAACAGCAUCAGCAACAGCAUCAGCAUCAGCAUCAGCAUCAGCAUCAACAUCAGCAUCAGCAUCAGCAUCAGCCACAGCAUCAGCAUCCGCAUCAGCAUCAGCAUCAGCAUCAGCAUCAGCAUCAGCAACAGCAUCAGCAACAGCAUCAGCAUCAGCAUCAGCAUCAGCAACAGCAUCAGCAACAGCAUCAGCAUCAGCAUCAGCAUCAGCAUCAGCAUCAACAUCAGCAUCAGCAUCAGCAUCAGCAUCAGCAACAGCAUCAGCAUCAGCAUCAGCAUCAGCAUCAGCAACAGCAACAGCAACAGCAUCAGCAUCAGCAUCAGCAUCAGCAACAGCAACAGCAUCAGCAUCAGCAUCAGCAUCAGCAACAGCAUCAGCAACAGCAUCAGCAUCAGCAUCAGCAUCAGCAUCAGCAUCAGCAUAA